AUGCCCCAAAUGCCCCAAGUGCCUCAAGUGCCAGUGGCGCAGCCUCAGCCACCAACCCCACCACCUACACCACUGCCUGUAACUUAUGGGUUCGAUCCAAAGUAUGAACAUUUCAGAAAACAAGCCCCACCAACCUUUGAAGGGAAAGCUGAUCCAAUAGUGGCAGAGGAUUGGUUAAGAUCAGUCGAGGCCAUUUUCGAUCAUAUGGAGUUGAAUGAUCGCCAGAGAAUCUUAUGUGCGGUUUAUUUAAUAAAAGUGGAUGAGCGAAUUUGGUGGGAUGUAAUUAAACAGACCCGUGACUUGAAUACCAUGACUUGGGCAGAAUUCAUCCAGGCUUUUAGCAAGAAUUAUUACAAUGCGGUAGUGCUAGCAACCAAGGUAGAUGAGUUUGAAACUCUGGUGCAAGGAAGCCUAUCUGUCACUGAUUAUGCACAGAAGUUAGAUGGGUUGGAAAAAUUUGUUGCGAAAGUUGUGCCAACUGGAACUCUACAAGUACAAAGGUUCAUGAGGGGACUCAAGCCAAUGAUCGCUAGGGAUGUUAUGAUGACCAGUGCUAAAGUAGUCAAUUAUGUAGAAGUACUUGAUAGAGCACUUGAAUAUGAAUAUUUGGAAGAUCGGAUAUGGAAGGAUAAUGCUUCCAGAAGAGAGAACUACCAAAAUAAGGGCUUCAAUGAGGGUAACAAAAGGAAAGCUAUUAAAGGCCAGAAUAGUGGCACUGAUAAGCGACCCAGACCUCCAGCCACGAAUAACAACAGUCACAACACUUAG